AUGGCCGACUCUGUUGAAGACAAGCUGUCAAUUAAAAUUCCCGAUAUUGAGGCAAACAGCACCCAACCGUCUGAUGCGGAAGGAGAGAAAGAAGCCAGCCCAUCUCCACCACCAGGUCCUUUGGUCCCUCCUCCACCAAAUGGCGGACGUAAAGCAUGGCUACAAGUGGCAGGAAGCUUCUUGCUUGUUUUGAAUACCUGGGGACUUGCAAACUCAUUCGGCAUCUUCCAAGCCUACUAUACAACAACACUCCUACCUGAGUCCACCCCCUCCGCCAUCUCAUGGAUCGGUUCUAUUCAAGGCUUCUUGCUUCUUUUCGUCGGAGUUCUAUGCGGACGUGCAUUCGAUGCUGGGUACUUCUUCCCGGUCUUGUCACUGGGUAUCUUUCUCGAAGUGUUUGGAAUGAUGAUGACCUCCCUGAGCACAAAGUACUAUCAGAUUUUCCUCGCUCAAGGCCUUUGCGUUGGCAUUGGAUCUGGAUGUCUUUUCACGCCCGCCAUAUCGCUGGUAGGCACUUACUUUUCGACUCGACGCAGUCUUGCAACUGGAAUCGCUGCCAGCGGGAGCAGCGUUGGCGGUAUUUUGUAUCCUAUCAUUGUUCGCCGGCUAAUUGUGCAAGUCGGGUUCCCUUGGGCCGUUCGCGCUAUGGCAUUUAUCAUGCUGGGUACUCUGGGCAUCGGACUUGCCCUGCUCAGACCACGAUUGCCGCCUCGUCGGUCGGGCCCUUUGGUAGACUUUGCAGCGUUCAAGGAUCCUGCCUACGCGACCUUUGUUGUUGGGUUGGCUUUGGGAUUCACCGCGUUUUUCAUUCCGUUUUUCUAUGCGGAGAGCUAUGCGCUUAACGUCGGAGUCGACUCCGAGCUGUCAUUCUAUAUCCUGAGCAUUAUGAAUGCAGGAGGCAUGAUCGGACGAAUGCUACCCAAUGCUAUCGCAGACAAAAUCGGUAAUUUGAACGUCAUCGUACCCUGUGGCUAUAUAUCUGGUAUUAUCGUGCUGGCCUGGGUGUCAGUUAAAAGCCAAGCCAAUCUCAUCGCCACUUCCUUCCUGUACUCCUUCUUUUCGGGAGGCUUGAUGGCGCUACCACCAGCCGUUCUCAUUGGUUUAACGCCUGAUCUCAGUCAAAUCGGUGUGCGAGUUGGCAUGGCUCUCACUGUUGGGUCAUUGGGUGUGCUGAUCGGCUCUCCCAUUGCGGGUGCCAUUCUAUCCAGCGAGAGUCAUCCAGAAGAGCGCUUGGACUUUACAGGAACUCUAAUCUUCACAGGCAUUGUACUACUUGCAACCGGGGCGUUUAUGAAUGCCACUCGCUUCUUCAAGCAUGGAUUCAAGUCAGGCAAAGUCUGA